AUGUGGCUGUUGAAAUCUAUCUUAUUCUGUACCCUAAUUCAAGGCUGUCUUGUCACAGUUAGAGGUUGUCAAGAGGUGAGUUGGGUUUAACCGAAAAAACCUAAACUUUUGGUAUUUCCGGUUAAUAAAUGACAGUCUUAAAUAUACUUUACAAAUGUAAUAAUAUUAUUACGUAUCUCAAAGCUUUACAAUACUUCUUUUUAUAACAUAAACCCGCAGGCCGAUCUCAACGUGCACAAAUAAUUAUUUUUUCCAAAAACAUUUUGUUGAUGUCCUUCUCUGUCUUUUCACUGUGCUAUUGUCGUAUCUAGCCAAUUUUUGCAAUAAUUUUUGAUUUAUAAUGUUGAAAAGAAUGCAUUCUUUCUAAUUUUAUCUGUUCUCCUUAUAAUUCUUCAUUUAUUCGUUCUGUUUUAAUGAAUUUUUCUUGAUAAAUCAAGUAUAAUAUCGGGAAGCAUUGUAUGGUUGAAGAGUUAAAGCUAAUUAUCAAAGCAUUUUUGAUUUUAUAUUAAAGUUUAGAGCAUUGCUAAUCUUUUUAUUGUAUUUUGUUAAAGAUCGUGUGAGUUAUCUUUACUUAUGAGUAAUUUAUAUUAACCAUGUAAAGCUAGGUGUUUUUGUAGAUGAAAGGCUAACAAUUGGUAAAAUUAUUCAAAUAUCAAAGCUCAGAGCUUUUAAAACGUUUUCUGUAAUUCAUCGUUUAUUUUGCUAUGAAUUCGUUUAUUUUAUGAGUAGUUUAUAUUAACCUUGUUGAGUUAGCCGUUGUUGAUGAUUUUUUUGUGUAAAACGGAAUAUGCAUUGACCUAAAAUUUUUUACAUAGUUUAGUAGACAAGUUGUUGUUGUUUUUGCUAGUUUUGGUAUUUUUAAUUUAAGUAUAAAAAAUUUUAUACUUGAUUUAGGUCUAGGUGUGUUCAGUGGAAUAUAACUUCAUGGCGUAAUUUAUGAAUAUUUCCCUUUUACUUGCACGUUUUCUAAUAUUACGUUUAUAUUUAGUUUUUGAGUCUAAACCUAACUUUUUUCAAUUUUAUAAUGGUUUUACUUUCAGCAAUGCAUCGCCGAAGCUCAUAUACCGAUAACGUUAUUGGAAGAGAUAUUCACUCAAAAGGAAGCAGUGAGUUCAAUCUGUGACACGGAAAUGUUUUGGAUUGACGUUUCUAGUGAUGUAAGUCUUUUUAUCUUGUGUUUAUGUUUUUAGGUAUAGUCAAAAAGUUUAUGGAAGAAUUAACACAAGGGACCAAGGUGAAGAUAAUUCUUUGUUUAGCCUGGAUUUUUGCUUAUUUUUUCUAGAAUUUUUGACAAAUUUAUUGAACAAACAGGUAAAGAGAUGAUGCUUUAGUUGGAAAGUGCAAAAACCUUUAUUGUUAUGUUUAAAAAUGGCAUUUUUGGUCAAAAACUUGAUCGAAAAGCCAAACUGGGAUGUUAUUUCUACUUUUUGACUAAGGUGGUAAAAACUAGAGGUUUAGUGUUAAAAAUUAACGAUUAUGUAUUCUUUACGGCUUGUUUUAGCAUUCUCACGAAAAGGAAUCCUUGAAAACGGAGUACUUUGUCUACUGGUACCACGACCUUCUGGAGCGACCGUUUAAUCGAAGAAUCCAUUUUGCCAGUUACGAUACGAGGGAAUCUCAAUACUAUCAAAGAGCUGUGUAUCCUAUAUAUGGCUUGAAGGAUUUUACAGGCGCUUUGGCGUAUGGUGGGUUUUUUACUUUGGUAUAUUAACAUAGGUUUUGCUUAUGGACAAGAUCAUGGACAAUAUCGUGUUUUAGGGUUACUUAUCGGCAAUAUGUUGUUAGGGAACUUUAUGGGUUAUAUUAUGUUGUUAGUUUAUUAGCUAUGUUAUCUUAGGAUAUAGAUUAUGUUAUUUUAACUUAUGUACAAUAUUACGUUAGGUCAGUAUUAUGAACUAAAAAUGCCAUUUUAACGUAUAAUAUGCAAUUUUUUAGACUGGAAAACUUGGCACAUUCAUAAUCAAGCCUUCAACAUCAUCGCGCUUCGAGAUGGUACGCUUUACUUCGCCAACUGCCCAUUAAAAACCAUAGUGGAACAUGGAGCUCUCUUAUGCAAAAAACUCUGGUUCGUCACUGAUAAAGUGUUUAAUGGAACAUUCAACGACACUAGAGCCGUUGUAAGUAUAUUUUUUGGUUAUAAAUACUUUUUCCGGUUUAGGAAAUAGGAGAAAACUUGGUUUGAAAUGCUAAAACUGGUGAAAACUUUGUUUACGAAGUUAAAAAUGGCAAGAACUUUCUUUACAAGACAUAAAAUGGCAAGAACUUUCUUUACAAAACUAAAAAUGAUUUUUUGUUUUUUUUGCGUAUAACGUGUCUCUCGCGAACUGCAACCCUGAAAAAAAUCGUUUUUAUUGAAUUUCAGGUUACAUCCUAUGAGAAUGGCACAGCGAUAAAAGUGGAGCUACAAGUCAGUAAUGAGACUGAGUAUAUUGGCGGAACCAAAGACUUUAAAGAUCUAAACGAUCACAGCACAUUCAACGCUUCUGAUAUUGUCGGACGCAAACAUAAUGGCUUUACAUUGACUUCAGAGUAAGUGAUUAAGGACAUGUUGUGGUAGGGUAUUUAGUACUAGAGAGUUUUGUAAAGAAAGUUCUUGCUUUUUUAGUUUUAUAAAGAUAUUUUUUGCUAUUUUAUUUUUUGUAAAGAAAGUUUUUGCGAUUUCUAGAUUUGUAAAGAAAGUUCUUGCCAUUUUACCUGUUGUAAAGAAAGUUUUUUUACAGUGCUUGCUCUAUUAAGUGGAAUGGCUACACAAAAUCACAUUGGAUGUACCUGAACGACUUCCCGUUCCGGCAACCGAAUGAUUUUGUAAACGACACUUUUGUGACCAUGGUAUGAAGUUGAAUUUUGUUAGAACCUAAUUUCUUAUCAUUUUUUGAUUUGUAAAGAAACUACUUGCCAUUUCACAUAUUGUACAGAACGUUUUUGCCAUUUUUCAUUUUGUAAAGAAAGUUGUUGCCAUUUUUUGUUUUGUAAAGAAAGUUCUUGUUAUUUCUUGUUUUGUAAAGAAAGUUUUUGCCAUUUUAUGUUUUGUAAAGAAAAUUGUUGUCAUUUUUUGUUUUGUAAAGAAAUUACUUGCCAUUUCACAUAUUGUAAAGAAAAUUCUUGUUAUUUUUGGUUCAUAAACUGUUAAAAAUGGUUUAUUUUCAGAGACAAAAGCUCAGACCGUGCGACCUCUUUGGCAAUUGUAAGAAACGACGGAAUAUUGUCGAGAAGGAUAUGUAAGUUUACAGUUUGAAUUACUAAAUGAUGACACUUAGGGUUAAUCUUGGGCUAAGAUAUUCAAAUCGGCAAUGACUUUCUUUUCAAUUUUAACAAAAUGGCGGAAGCUUCCUUUUUUAGAAAAUGAAAUGAGUGAAUAUUUUAGUUCACCGUAUAACUUUUCAACCGCAGACUGCGUAACACAAAAAAUGGUUUUUAAAGUCAAUUGGCAAGAACUUUCUUUACAAGACAUAAAAUGGAAAAAAAUUUCUUUAAAUACUCAGAAAUGGCAAAAAAUUUCUUUACAAAACUAAAAUUGACAAUAACUUUCUUUACAAAACAAGGAAUGUCAAGAACUUGCUUUACAUCAGGGACGUCGUUUGGGGGAGGGGGUAGGGGGGGGUACUACCUCCCCCCAGAGCCAAUCCGAAAAAAAUUCCACAGGUAGGUACCUGUACGUGAACAAACGAAAAAUAAAAAUUUUGAAAAAUCGGUCCACAGGUAGGACCUGUGGACGAAAAAAAUUUUUUCGAUUUUCCCCCUCUCCCAGAGAAAAUCGGUAGCGACGUCCCUGCUUUACAUAAUAAAAUAUAGCAAGAAACGUCUUUACAGAACUUAAAAGUAUUGUGAGAGGGGCUGAAUUACAUUAGCCUAAAAAAAUUUUUAAAUUUAAGUUGGCAAAAACGUAUUUUACAAGCUUAUAAAACCUAUUCUUUUUAGGUUCUCCGCCCUCUCCCAUCUCUGGUACUUGUUCCUGCCAAUGUUUGUUGUCAUAUUGAGCGUUGUCAUGAUCUACUGUGUGACUUGCGCCGUGGUGCUGGAGCAGUUUGGAAAACUCUUCAAAUCGGCCAGAAUCGCGAAGAGAAGACAAAUCAAAGAAAUUUCACAGAAAAUCAAUUAG